GAUCGACCGCGUACGAUCCCGGAUGUCCUUCCAGCUGCCGCAUGUCUACACUGCCGCCAUAGGGAUACUUACUGCCGCGGGCAAGGCAGGCGAUGCCUUCGGCCCUGCGCUGGUCUCCGAGUGGCCUUUGUGGCUUUUGGCGCUCAAUGCCAACGACUUGCACCUCACGCUCACCUCUCCGGGCACCCACUGGCUGCCAUGGUAUGUGAUCGGAACGCUGCGGCGCCUGGCCGAAGAUCCGGUCUUCUUCCUCAUCGGCUGGCACUACUCGGACCAGGGCCUCGCCUGGCUGCGGAGGAAAAUGGGCCCCAAGGCGGCGGCCCACCUUGCCAAGGCGGCGGAGCGCUUCGGGCGCUUCGGGGCGGUGGCGGUGGUGGUAGAGCCUGGGGCGGUGGUGUGCCUCCUGGCGGGUGCCACUCGCAUGCCCGUGGCCCGCUUUUGUACGCUGAAUCUUGGCGGCACCAUUGCCAGGCUGCUGGCCAUUCGGGCCCUCGCUGCCAGCCUCCCUGGCCCGCUGGAGACGUUGCUGGACCUGGUCCGGCGCUUCUCGCUGCCGUUGGCGCUUAUGGCGGCGCUGGUGACGGGCGUCAGCUGCCUAGGUUUUCUUCGAUCCGACGGCGGGGAGGAGCGGCCCGCGUCAAAUGGGCCAAAGGCUCGCUUGGGUUUGCCGGGAUGGCCCUGAUCUUAUUUACACAAGUCAACCAUCCGUGGCCAAAGAGACCAGAUGCCGCUCAUUGGCGGCACGACUUGACCGAAACCGACGGUGAGCUCGGAAGGGCUUGAACGCCUCCGGCUCAGAGCGCCGACCUUAUAGGCC